CCUGACCUUGUGAUCCGCCCGCUUCGGCCUCCCAAAGUGCUGGGAUUACAGGCGUGAGCCACCACGCCUGGCAGAAUAUUGUAGUCUCAAAUACAAUAAUCAUGGAAGGCCUCUGAUGAAGUGAUGUGAGGAGUGGACAGAUGAGGUCAGGUCAUGAGGGUGUUUUUGAGAAGAGCAAGCCGCAGAGUGCAACAGGUCAUUCACUCAUGUGGGAAGCAGGUGGAGGAGAGAUGGUCUGGAUACCUGGGUGCAGGGAUGGGAGUGGCCAGGAGUACUGACCUCUCAUCUGGCUGCCCAGGGCAAACAGAGAGCCGUGGUCGGCUGCAGGGGGUGGCAGAACUGCGCCUGGCAGGUCUGGAGCUGACAGAUGCCUCCCUGCGGCUCCUGCUGCGCCACGCACCCCAGCUGAGCGCCCUGGACCUGAGCCACUGCGCCCACGUCGGGGACCCCAGUGUUCAUCUCCUCACGGCCCCCACGUCCCCACUCCGGGAGACCCUGGUGCACCUCAAUCUUGCUGGUUGCCACCGCCUAACGGACCACUGCCUCCCGCUGUUCCGCCGCUGCCCUCGUCUACGCCGCCUAGACCUGCGCUCUUGCCGCCAGCUCUCACCCGAAGCUUGUGCCCGGCUGGCAGCCGCCGGGCCCCCUGGCCCCUUCCGCUGCCCUGAGGAGAAGCUGCUUCUCAAGGACAGCUAGUUGGGCGCCCCCCACCCUCCCCCGGACUCGACAGGAGCCUGGACCUCCGGCUUCAUUUCACCCCUGCUGGGAGGCCAGGUUCCCACCUCACCACCCCGGGAUUCCUGAGUGUCAGUGACUUGGGAUUCCCACCCAGGGACUCAAGCCAGCCACCCCCUUCUUUCCCCCCUGCACUGAUAUCUCUGGGGGUUUCUCCUUCCCUUGUCCUCCCCCUGCUACCUGCUUCAUUGUCCAUCCCCUGGGGGGAGUGGGUCAGAGGUACUGGAGGGUGCUGAGCCGAAGGGACGGUGGGAGGGGGGUUAUGGUUCAAGUGUUGGGGGGGAGAAUGGGGAAAGGACACACAGAGGAUAUGGGAGCCAGGGGCUGGGGGAGGUGGAAGGGGCCGG